AGAUUGCCUAAUAUGAUCGACAUAAUAAUAAUAAUAUAAGAAAAAUGGGUAAUCCGUUCGUGAGAAGCGGGUUGAGCUUCUCCGCCAUGUUUCCAACCCACAUUCUUCCGCCGCUUAAACCCUUGCACGAAACAGUCCUCACUAGAAUUCCGAUUGGAUUUCCGAAGCUCCGGCCGACGCUUCCGCCGCACUCCUCCUCCUCCUCCUCCCCCUCCUCCUCCUCCUCAAACUUUGAUAUCAUUUCCACAAGCGAGUUGCGAGAUGGUAGCUUUCUCUUCCGCUUUGGGGACGAGAGCGAGAAAUCUGUUGCCACUGAAACAGAGAUUGAUGCUCGUAGUCAUCUGGAGGAUCCUGUGCAAGAUUCAGAAUUGAGCCAAACAUUGUUGGGAAGCACAGGAAGUGGGGCUGGUGGCGGUGCAGGUGCCGAAGAGAAUGUUAUUGAUGCGGUUUCAGUGACGAGCACCGACAAUUCGACUCACGGUGGUGUAGGUGAAGAAGCCACAACCACAACCACAAUCACAAUCACAACCACAGCAGAUGAAACCCAGGUCAGCAAUAUAACUCAUGCUUAUCCAGCAAUUGGCGGCGCCACGGAGGCCGAGAAUGGUGUUAAUGUGGUUUCAGUGACGAGCACUGGCAGUGCGACUGCUGCUGGUGGUGGUGGUGAAGAAAUCACAAUUAGAACCACAACCACAACUACAGCAGAUCAAACUCAAGUCAGCAAUGAAAUCCAUGCUUUUGGAGCAAGUGGCUGUGACAGAGCCGCAAAGGCCGAGGAGAAUGCUGUUGAUGCGGUUUCAGUGACGAGCACCGAAGAUGCAACUGGCGGCAGUGGUGGUGAACAAACCACAACCGCGAGCACAACCACAGCGGAUGAGACUCAAGUCUCCUUCGUGUUAGCUGAGAAUGCCCCUUCCACAAAUUCAGAAGAUGAAUUCGCAGAGGGCGAAGCACAUAGAAGUGACGUUUCAGGAGUAUCAACUUCUAAGAUAGUGGAAUUCCAUACAGUUGAGGGCGCUUCUGAUGGGGAGGACGUACCUGCAGCUGUUCUUCAACUAUCUUCCAGUGCUGCUUUAUUACCACAUCCCUCAAAGGCAUUGACAGGUGGGGAGGAUGCUUACUUUGUUGCUGGCCAAAACUGGUUAGGUGUGGCUGAUGGAGUGGGUCAGUGGUCGCUAGAAGGGGUUAAUCCUGGACUAUAUGCUCGUGAACUCAUGGAGAAUUGUGAAAGGUUCAUAUCCGAUUGCAAAGGUUUACCAUUGACUGAACCAGAAGAAGUCCUUAUUAGAGGCUUAUCCAGUACAAAAUCUCCUGGAUCAUCCACAGUGUUAGUUGCUUAUUUUGAUGGUCAGGCUCUCCAUGUGGCCAACAUUGGAAACUCGGGAUUUAUUGUAAUUAGAAAUGGUGCUGUCUUUAAAAAAUCAUCACCAAUGGUUCACGAGUUCAAUUUUCCAGUACGGGUUGAAAGCGGUGAUGAUCCCUCAAAACUUUUAGAGAAAUACCGAAUUGAUUUGGAUGUGGGCGAUGUGGUUGUCACUGCAACAGAUGGUCUCUUCAACAACUUGUAUGAGCAAGAGAUCACCUCAGUUGUAUCGAAGUCACUGCAAACCGGGUUGGAACUACAGGACAUAGCAGAGGUCUUGGCCACUAGUGCACAAGAGUUGGGGCAAUCUAAAUCUACAAGGAGCCCAUUUGCUGAUGCAGCCAAGGCACAUGGGUAUGCCGGAUAUAGUGGCGGCAAGCUUGAUGAUGUGGUCGUUAUCCUGUCAUGUGUAGAAAAGAAACCCAUCGGUACUUUACGAGAGUGCCUUGCACAGCUCUCCAUGCUGCAGAAGAAAAUAAAAACAGUGAACAAAUGAUGUACAAUGAUAAAAUCAAAAGGUAAUAUCUAAAGAAUCGAUUUAUCAGCAAUUGUGACAUUCAUUAUUCCUAAAAAGUUGUUGAUUCACAAAUAAAUAAAUGAAAGUAAUCGGAAAAGAAAAGUUUACCGCAGGCUGACUGAAUCAAAGCUCAAAAUGACUAGGAUAUUUUUCCGGCGAUGAUUGCAGGUGAUUGCUGCCUGUGACUUCUGUCAUUUCCUUGAAAACAAUGUCAUGAACUUGAGCUUAAAAUAAAUGUUGAUAAGAGAAUGACUAACCUCUUUGCUAGAACUAAAGAAUCAAGCAAUAGCAUCUAUAACCCACUUUAAAAUUUGUGGUUGACUUCAAAGAAUGAACUACUUUAUAAACAGAUCAGAUUCUUUAUAAACACCUCUAGGUAACAACAGUAGGACAUUCUUCACGAAUUAACUCUCUCAAAUAGGCUCAAUUUUCAAAUUAAAUUUGGUCAGUCGUUCACCAAAAAAGCAAAUCCACAUUUUGAUUAAAAAGUUGGGAAACUAUCUCGUAUUUGGUUCAGAAGACAUCAUUCCCAAAUAUUUAUAGAAGUUGGGGAGUUUUGGACGCAAUUCUCGUAUCCU